AUGUCCUACUACCCUCCCCAAGGCGCACCUGGCCAAGGCGGCUAUUAUCCGCAGCCUCCUCCACAGGCUUACGGGGGAGGCCCUGGUUACAUGCCCCAGCAGCAGCCUCAGACAAUCAUUGUCCAACAAGAACCCCAGAAGAGCGACGACUCAAAUUGCUGCAUGGCCUGUCUAGCCGGCAUGUGUUGUUUCUGCUGCCUCGAAUCGAUAUGUGAUUGA